AUGGCGAAGAGACUGGAUUUGCUGCCACAGCCGGUCGUCGAGGAGGAGGAGGUGGACAUGGAGUCGGAGAAGGAGAUGUGCGACCUCGUUACUCAGCGCACCCAGAAGGUGCUGGAGUGGGUCGUCACCACCGAUACUACCACGCCGUGCUGCUGGGCGGCGGUCCUGGCAACUGCCGGGCCGCAGAAGCGCCAGGCCGGGCCGCCGCCAUCCCUGAGAGUCCUCCGUUUCGACAAGGUAAAAGAGGAGAAGGUUGUAGAGGAGAUGGUGCAGCCGCCAGUCAAGUGCGUGGGGAGGGAAGAGGAAGAGACGGAUGCCACCGCCGCCGCCCAGAUUGGAGCAACGAUCAAGUUUUUUUUUUCCUGA